GGUGAGAGCUGCGGCAGGCACGUUUGUGGAAGGUUGUUCUCCAGUGAUGCAGGUGGACAACAAAAGGCCAAAGUAUUUCUGUUCACAGAGAAGACAAAAGGAUGACAUGUGAUCACCUGAGCCGAGUGUUCGCACUUUACGUGGUAUUCUGCGCCCUGCGAGCAGCUUCCAUCGUCCAGGCCGCACGAGAUUUCGAAAAGAAAGUGUCUAUUCUAAUGAAAGAAGAUUCAGAAAACCCCAAGUGCUAUGCUGAAGGCAGGAAGGACUUCACGUGCUUCUGGGUGGAAGAUGAGGAGAGAGCUGGCUCUGUGGAUCAGUACUCCUUCACAUACACCUACCAAAAUGAAAACAGCAGCAGGUGCCCACUGAGAGCUGUCCCUGCAGCAGGUGGGAAGAGGCUGUUCAUCUGCCAUCUGAACCGAACCCAGAUGUUUGUCCAAAUGGACAUCCAGGUUCGUCGGGAAGGGAUACUGAUCCACAAUCGCAGCCUCCUCAUCGAGCUUGUCUUUCUUCUUGACCCACCUGCUAAUGUAACGGUGAGCAGCACGGGUAAGCAAGGCCAGCUGAAUGUCAGCUGGGUGCCUCCUCCUCUCAAGUACAUGGAUGACAGCAUGAUGUAUGAAGUCAGCUACGCUAUGGCGGACAGCCAUGUGGGGCAGGUUGAAGUGGCACGAGCUAGUUCAGAGUUGAUCCUGAGAGGCCUGCAACCAGGUACAAAAUACAAGGUGCGAGUCCGUGUGAAGCUAGAUGGGAUUAGCUACAAUGGCUAUUGGAGUGCCUGGAGUGACCCAGUGUUCAUAGAAACACUUCCUGCAGAAUUUGACCCACUCAUCAUGUCCCUGACUCUCAUCAUCUCUUUCAUCCUCAUUGUGCUGUCCCUCACUAUGCUUCUGUCCCAUCGCAGGUUUCUUACAAAGAAGAUCUGGCCAACUAUUCCAACUCCUGACAGCAAGUUCCAAGGUCUUUUUACUGUUUAUGGUGGGGACUUUGAGGAGUGGUUAGGACAGACCAAUGGAGGCUUGUGGUUAACUCCAGCUCUCUUCUACUCAGAGGAAUGCCCAUCUCCUCUUGAAGUACUGUCAGAGCUCAGCCUUUGCCCCUCACUGCCCUCCCCAACUCUGCCCCCCAAGAUCUCCAGAUCUUUAAUCGCAGACAGGAAGAAGGACGAGGAUGUGAAAAAAGGGCUGGAUGAAAGAGAGCCAGCGGAAAGGGGCAACUCAGCUCUGAUGGAGGGAUGGAGAGCCACAACACACGACCACUGGCUGAUGGACCGCUUACGGGCACUCCACCAGCACCCCGUGCCCUGCUCCCAGUCCUCUCUUCUGGAGUCUCAAGACACCUAUGUCACCCUCAGUGGAAACAACCACGUUGAAGAUGAGCACCUGGAUGAUAUUCUUGAGGAGGCCUUACCCCUUGAAGUACUUUUUGCCUCCAGAAAGACAAUGCUAUGUGAAUCCCACUCUGAUCUGGGAUCUGUGCAGCAGAGCUCUGGUUCAGGCCGUCUUUCAUCCCAGUCCAGCUUUGAGUACCCGAACCACGUCUGGAUGCCCAAAGGCCCGGGGUACACCUACAUGGCAGUGGCAGACUCUGGGGUCUCUAUGGAUUACAGUCCCAUGAGCAGAGCAGAUGACAUUGGAAAAGUGGUUAUCUACGCCAAUGACUACAAAAAUGAGAUCCCUGCUCACAGAAGACCUUUCCUGCCGAGGCAGCACCCUGUCCACGAUGAUGGCUGAGAAGAAACUCAGCUGGACAGGCUGCACAUGACUGAGACUUGAGGCAAGCUAGGUGGAGGGUAUUUGGAUAUUCACCUAAAACUACAUAGCCUCACAUCAACUGUUAAGAAAGGUGUAUCAAGGAUUUGGGCUCUGACUGCAGCAAGGAGCUGAAUCAUACUUAAGUGUAAGCUAAAGGACUGAAAGUCCACUGGAUGUACACAGAUCAUUUCUACUUUAGUCAAAUCAUCCCUCAUCUGUAUGGGAUAAUACCAUUACAUGGUGGUAAAUGGCAGCUGUGGUUUAGGCCAAGAACUGAUAUUCAAUGUAAAGGUCUGCAUGCUGAUCUCUAAGUAUCCUUUCCUGUUGAUCAGUUUUUUCUAAAAUUUAACCAAAAUCCAAGCUGACCGAGUCCCAUAGUGAUUUACUCAUUUUUCAGCUUGCGCAUGUUGUGUACUCUUAUUUUUAAGUUUAAAUGACAGAACAACUAGUAGGUUAAAAUACAGAGUAGAUAUACAGGAAUGGAAGACUGUGAACAAUAUGGGCGUGCUUUCCCUGUCAGAGGAGGAUAAGACUGGUGAUAGUCCAUAUUUUCAUUGUUGUCAACAAAUCCCAUGUAAACCAACAUUAAUUUAUCCUUGUAUAUAUUGCGUCUUUGUAGACAGAGCCUAUACGUUAGCUCAUUCCUUUGUGCCACAGAUUUUUGUCCAUCAGGUCCAGGAAUUGAAUGCCUUUCUAGCAGCACUGUCAGGCAGAACUUCGGCACAGUAAUGCUUUUCCUAAAUGCUAAUGUCAACAUGCUAGCAUGCUCACAAUGCCAAUGUUCAUGUUUAUCAGGUUAUAUUUACCAUGUUCACCAUCUUGGCUUAGCAUGUUAGCAUACUAACAUUUGGUUAGUAGCACUAAGCACAACUGAAGCAGAUGGGAAUGUGAUUAGUUCUGCAGGUAUUUCAUCAUAAACCAAAGUACUAGACAAACUAAGACUUGGCUUGCUACAUGAAAAGUUAGGGAAUCAUGAAAGCUAUUACAGUUUAUCCUGGGGGGACAUGGUCUGUAUGAAUUUUAAUGGCAGUCCAUCAAGUACUUCUCAAGACAUUGCACUUACAACCAUAAAUGUCACACUGCUAGCAGUGUGAGUUCACCAUUGCACUAUGCAACAUGUUCCUUCACUACGAUGAACAGUGGUUAUUUUGAGUCAGACUCACAUACACUUUUGUAGUUUUGUGAAUACUCAGUAGAGUACCAAAUGUGUACAAACCCACUGUGGAAAAUAGUCCCCCAACAGAUGCAACAUUUAUUCCUGUUUGACUAAUGUUUUCUAAAAACUACAGUGCCCACCUAUUUUAGCAAAUUACUGAGCCUUUUUUUAAAAUGAAAGUAUAUAUCUGCGACUCAUUUUUAGGAUUUAUGUCUUUAGUAGGAAGGCAGGUUAAUAAAAUAUUGAAAGUCUGACUAAGACUAAGACUGACUACUUUGGGGCUCUUUAUGGGAUUUGUUGACAAUAACAAAAAUACUGAAUAAUUCCUUAUGCUUAAACUCUCAAAUUUAGUUCACACAGCUUUCACUUGAACCAGGCAGCCAGUAAGUCAGUGUCAUUUCCAAACCUGAUAAAACCAACUGUAUCUGUAAGUAACAUUAUGAUGCUUUUUGUAUUUUAUCACAGUUGUUAUUUCUCAAACACAUAAUCCUGGAGCAGAUGAAAUAAAAAUACUCCUACUGUAGGCUGUGCAGGAAAAUUUUAAGGCAAUAUUCAUUCUCAGUAACUGUAGUUGUUAUUAAAGUCUCUUUCUUGUCAUG